AUGUCAAAUACUAAACAUGCCGUUGGACGUUCUUUAAUUAAAAAACGUUUUCCUAAUCAACAUCGUGCUACAUCUGGAGAUGAAUGGGUACAUCAAAAAGCUGAUUUCACUGCAAGUACAGAUUGGAAUCGACUUAAUCUACGAUCAGUAACCGAUCAAAAUUCAUUAGAUGAAUUUUUAACUACAGCUCAAUUAGCUGGCACAGAUUUUGCAGCAGAACGUUUAAAUGUAACAUUUGUACCGGCUGUAGCUAAAGUUGGAAUUUUAUCCAAUGAUGAUAAAGAACGUAUUCGACAAGUACAAGAUUUACAUCAAGAUCGAUUACGUAUUCCACGAAGACCUCCAUGGACACCGGAUAUGAGUGCAGAACAGAUUGAUCAACAAGAACGUGCUAGUUUUCUUGAUUGGAGACGAAAAUUAGCUUUACUACAAGAAAUUGAUGAUUUAACAUUGACACCAUUUGAAAAAAAUCUUGAAUUUUGGCGACAAUUAUGGAGAGUUAUAGAAAAAAGUGAUGUUAUUGUUCAAAUAGUUGAUGCACGAAAUCCAUUACUUUUCCGUUGUGAAGAUCUUGAAAAUUAUGUUCGUGAAUUAUCACCCGAUAAUAAAAAGGUCAAUGUUAUUCUUGCUAAUAAAGCUGAUUUAUUAACAGAUGAACAACGACAAGCAUGGGCAAAAUAUUUUGAUGAACAUGAUAUACGUGUAAUAUUCUAUUCAGCAUUACAAGCAGCUUCAUCUUCUUUAAAAAUAACGAAAAACAAACAACAACUUCCAUUAGAAACAAAUGAUUCUGAAUCUAUAGAUAAUACAGAUAAAAUUCUUGAAGAUAUUAAACAAAAUCAAUCAAAUUAUAAUGAUGAUAAUUUUGAAAUAUCAAAUUCAACAAAUCAACUUAAUCGUUUUGAUGCUCUUCAAUUAGACGAUGAUAAUGAUGAUAAACAACAAUCAGAAAUCAAAAUCAAUAAUGAAGAAGAUAAUACUUCUAUUGAUAAUAAGAAUGAUGAUGAUGAUGAUGAUUAUGAUGAUGAAGAAGAAGAUUUAUCUGAAGAAGAAACUGAACAUGAAAAUCUUGUUGAACAAAUACGUGAAGAUAUUUUCGUUUAUGAACAAUCCAAAGAAACAAAAAAAAAGAAUUUAUCAAUUAUUGUUAAUCGAGAAGAAUUAAUAUAUUUACUUAAAUGUUUAUAUAUUCAUAAAACGACUACCCGAGAAAAUAUUCUUACUAUUGGAAUGGUUGGAUAUCCAAAUGUUGGUAAAAGUUCAACAAUUAAUUCUUUAUUACAAUAUAAAAAAGUAUCUGUAUCAUCAACACCAGGCAAAACUAAACAUUUUCAAACUAUUUUUCUUGAAAAAGAUCUUCUUUUAUGUGAUUGUCCUGGUCUUGUUUUUCCAUCAUUUGUUUCGACGAAAGAUGAAUUAAUUAUCAAUGGAAUUUUAUCUAUUGAUCAAAUGCGAGAUUAUAUUGGUCCUGUCAAUCAUAUAUCCUUUUUUAAUAUUCCACGAUUUGUUCUUUCACAUAUCUAUAAUAUUAUGUUACCAUUACCAAAAGAAGGCGAAGAUGAAAAUCGACCACCAACAUCUGUAGAAUUAUGUGGUACUUAUGCAUAUCGACGAGGUUUUAUGACUCAUAAAGGUAUACCAGAUGGAAGUCGUGCAGCUCGUCUUAUUCUAAAAGAUUAUGUUAAUGGAAAACUCUUAUAUUGUUAUCCACCACUAGGUUAUAAUUCUGAACAAUUUCAACAAUAUUCUAAUCAUUUUGAUUUUCAUAAUGAUGAUACAAAUAAUGAAGAAAUUCCCUCAAAUGAAACAACAUCAAAACAAUCACGUUUUCAACCAUCGGAUGUCGAUCAACAAUUUUUUCAUCCAACUGAGGUUCGUGUUGGUACUAAAGGUACACAUAGUCGAAAAAAUGGUCCAAGAUUAGCUGGUGAAACUAUGAAUGAUUCCACGAAUCAAUAUUCAGAUGGAAAACCUUGGAAAAAACAUCAUAAUCGUAAUAAAAAAGAAAAAUUACGACGUUUAUAUCGACAUCUUGAUGCUUAA